AUGGCGUACCUGUACCUCUCCAUUCCGUUUAUCCAAAUCUUAAAGACCACGGCGCCAGCGGUGAUGCUAUUUGUUGCCUGGGUAGCUGGCACCGCAAAUCCUACAUUUGCCACGGUUCUGAAUAUCCUAUGGGUUGUCAGUGGUGCUAUGCUUGCCUCAACAGGCGAGAUACAGUUUUCAACAGUAGGAUUUCUAUAUCAGAUGGGGGGCAUUGUUGCCGAAUCGAUUCGCCUCAUUAUGAUUCAGCUUCUGCUGAGUAGUGAUGGGCUGAAGAUGGAUCCCCUAGUUGGACUGUACUACUUUGCUCCUGCCUGCUGCUUGAUGAAUUUUCUUAUUGCCUUGCCUACAAAUGAGGCGGUGGAUAUCUCCUGGCAUGCUGUGCAGGAUGUAGGAGUGGGCCUACUAUUUCUUAACGCGCUCAUUGCGUUCAUGUUGAACAUUGCAAGUGUUUGUCUGAUAGGGCAAACAUCUGGCUUAGUAAUGACACUUGCAGGAAUUUUGAAGAACAUCCUGCUUGUUAUUGUGUCCGUCAUGAUCUGGCAUACGCAUAUUACGAUUCUGCAGGCUGUGGGCUACACGAGUGCCCUUGCUGGUUUGGUAUACUAUUCGCUAGGGUACGAUCAAUUGCUCGAGGCGAGCCAGGCUGGUGCAGCAUGGAUAAUUAGUCGUUGGAGAGGCACGUCAGUUUACGGCCCCAGCUCAAUAAGUAUGAAGACACGACGGGUUAUUUUUGCGGCUUUAAUUAUCAUGACGGGGCUGCUGAGUCAUCGAGUUAUCAUUUCGGUCAAACCGCGCGAUUGUUAA